AUGGUUGAUUAUUAUCGACUCUGGCCCGAAUGGGACCGCUCUUUCGCCUUCCUCUCCCAUGAUUUUUUAGAUCCGAACCACCCUAAAUCGCAGGAAUAUCCAUACCUUCAUUAUGCCCUCAAAACCCAUUUGGAUAGGGCCAUGGCUGCGAGAAACCACGAAGAAGUCUCCAGAUGCUCACACGAAUUCUAUAAAGCACGAACGAAUGCAUAUAGAACUGACACCGAGGAUUACCAGACAACGUAUGACCCUAAUCCCCAGAUCACUUACAGGAAGAACGAACGGACUGUAAUACAAACUCGCUACGUGAAAAUGUGUUCAUACGUCAAGAAUAAUAUGGAGAUUAUUGGACUUUUGGGCGGCGGAAGUUACGGUACGGUGUUUCUUGCCUGUAUUCCAAGUCCUCAGGCCGAUGAAGAUGAAAACAAUCAUGACGAGGAUCAGUACUUUGCAAUCAAAAUCGAGGAGGUCUGCAAUCUGCGUCAACACCACGACUACAAUAUGAUGGUGGAAAUGGCGUAUAUGAGUCCGGAAAUGGGAGCAUUGACAGACCAAGGGGAAGUUCGUUAUAUACCAAAAGAAGCACAGGUUAUGCUAUUUCUGACCGGCAGUGACAGGUUCCCAGCACUUCACUCCGUCUACUCAGAUCGACACUUUCACGCAACCAUCAUGGAGGCUGGAAUUGACCAUGCGAUAGCUGGGGUUAACGAAGACUAUGAUAGAAAAAUCCCUGUUUUUACGGGGAGUUAUCUCAUACACCAGAAGAUCCCAAUCCUCAACGAGAUCGAAGCCUGCAAGGUCUCUUCUCAGAUGCUGGAGGGCAUUCGUGAACUUCGAAAUUUGAACCUUUGUCACUGUGAUCUUUCCCGAAGUAAUUAUAUCAUUGACGAGGAGCUAAAUGUUCGACUCAUUGAUUUAGGAAUGCUCGACUUUGGCCUCAAGGAUGAUCAUUACCAACGAAAGAAAUUUGCCUUCGUUAGCUGGCAUGAAUACCAGAUGAUGCCAGAGCUGGCCGCCCAGUUCAUGAAAAUGGAUUGGCGACGCAGGCAACGCACAGAUACGCUAAGGCCCAUACUCCCUCAUGACACCCGGGUGGUCGAGCUAUGGAAAUUCGCCGCCACGACCUACGAGAUAUUACACGGAUUCGCACCCUGGGAAGACCCCGUAUGGGAUCCUGCGAUUGGAGGUGACGAACGUUUGAUAGCUGUGGGCAAACGACGGAGCAGGAUGAUCACUGAGGAAAUGCCGGUUGAUGAGAAUCUGUCUCAAGAUUGCGUGGAUGCAUUGCGCAUUAUGCUUGCCAGAGAGACACAGCAAAGGCCGAAAAUCGAUGAUGUGACCUCGCUGACCUGGUUUGGCCAAUGGGCGAAUCAUAACGAGGUGCUCAGACGUCCACAUGUGGAUAGAUAUCAAAGUCAAAUUGAUAACCUCAUGUAUACUAACUAA